AUGCAUCGAUUGCCGGUUCUGAGUUUAUUGCGAAAUUUCUAUGUGCUGGUCUAUCUAACCGGGAUUAUAUCGUACGCACAAGAGGCCAAACAACCUAAUAUAAUUUUUAUUUUGGCUGAUGAUCUGGGAUGGAACGACGUAGGUUUUCAUGGUUCCAACGAAAUACCUACGCCUAACAUCGACGCAUUGGCCUACUCGGGAGUCAUAUUAAAUAACUAUUAUGUCAACUCUCUAUGCUCACCUUCUAGAAGCGCACUUAUGACAGGAAAAUAUCCGAUCCACACCGGGAUGCAACACUUGGUGUUAUUACCUGCCGAACCAAGGGGACUUAAUUUAUCUGAAAAAUUGCUUCCGCAGUACUUAAAGGAACUUGGUUACGUGAAUCAUAUGGUGGGAAAAUGGCACUUGGGCUAUUGGAAGAAAGAAUACACACCGAUGUAUAGGGGGUUUGAUUCCCAUUUGGGAUAUUACAAUUGGGGUCAUCAUUACUACAGCCACACGCUUAAUCCGUCGCCAUCAUGGGGUUACGACAUGCGCAGAAAUAUGAGCGUCGCCUUUGAUCUCCACGGUCAAUAUUCUACUACUGUUUUUACUGAUGAGUCGGUGAAAAUUAUCAAAAACCACAACAUCAGCCAACCGCUUUUCUUGUAUUUGGCUCAUGCUGCGGUUCAUGCGGCUACAGCUUACGACUCGUUACCCGCUCCAGACGACGUGGUUGCGAGUUUUGCCAACCUGACCGACGAUCACUGGGAUAAUUAUCGAAGACAGAAAUUCGCUGCGAUGUUAACUCUGUUAGAUGACUCUGUAGGAGAAGUUAUGCAAGCCUUGGCAGACAGAAAAAUGCUGGAAAAUAGCAUUAUAAUAUUUAGCACGGAUAAUGGAGGUGCGGCCGAAGGGUAUGAUAUCAGUGAAGCUUCGAACUGGCCAUUGAAAGGUGUAAAAAAUUCUUUAUGGGAAGGUGGCGUCAGGGGUGCUGCCGCUGUAUGGAGUCCCCUUAUUAAAGAAAAGUCGAGGGUGUCUCAUCAGAUGAUGCACAUUACCGACUGGCUACCUACUCUCCUAGACGCAGCUGGUGGGAAUUCUAGCCAAUUAUCGGAAAUUGAUGGUAUAAGCAUGUGGGACACUCUAACGAAUAAUGUCGAUUCCAAUCGAUCGGAAAUCCUGCUUAACAUUGACCAAACUACGGGAGAAGCAGGCUUGAGAAUAGGCGAUUACAAAAUUAUUACGGGUAGAUCUAACGAUAUUAGUUGGGACGGCUGGUUUGGUCCCUCUGGUAGAAAUGUGAGCGGUUACAAUUUAAGUGUAAUCGAAAACAGUCUCGCGUAUCAAGCCCUCGAUUCGGUAAAACUGGCAGUCGAUUUAGAUGAUAUAAACGCAAUCCGAGGGAAUGCUACAAUCUCUUGCGGAGAUUUUGAUCAAGGUUCUUGCCUUCCGGAGGAUGUAUGUCUGUACAAUAUCAGUAAUGAUCCAUGCGAAUAUGUCAACCUCGCCAAAGUAAGAAAAAUCUAUUUAUUAAACUGACUAGGGGAGUAUAACGAUACUUCCUUACCUCCACAAAACAUUGGUGACGACCCAAAUGCCGAUCCGAGAUUGCACCAGCACGUAUGGAGUAUUUGGGGUGAUAAUGAAACUAUUUUUUAGCCUCUGGAAGUCAUUCCAUAGGUUUUACAUAUAAUAUAAAGUAUGUUAUGUCAAUAAGAGGCAAACGCAAUAAAAUGAAACCAUAUAAAAUCACUUUGUCUAUACACACAUGUAGAAGAUGAAGAAUAGUCUUCUAGUCUAGUCCUCUAAAAUGGCAUCAA